AUGGGGGGCGGGGCCUCUCGCCGGGACCGGCGGGUCCGGCCCCCCCCGCGCUCCCCGCCGCCACCGGAAGGGCCCGGACCGGCCGCGGCCGCCAGCAUGAGCGAGCGGGCGCUGUGCAGCGCCAGGGCCGCCGUGCUGCUCUAUGACGAGGCGCAGAAGCUGUGGGUGCCCGCGGGGGGGGCGGGGGGCGCGGGGGGGAGGGGGCGCCCCCCGCCCAGAGCCCCCCCCAGCUGUGUCCAGCUGUUCCACCAGCCCGGCUCGCUCAGCUUCCGCCUGGUGGGGCGGCGCCUCGGGCCCGAGCAGCAGGUGGUGCUGAACUGCCCCCUGGGCCGGGGGCUGCGCUACAGCCAGGCCACGCCCCAGUUCCACCAGUGGCGCGAGGGCCGGCGGGUCUGGGGGCUCAGCUUCGCCGCCCCCCCCGAGGCCGCCCAGUUCGCCGCCGCCGUGCUGCGGGCCCCUCCCCCCGUGCCCCCCCAGGGACCCCCCCUGGCCUGGCCGGACCCCGAUGGCUCCGCCCCCCCCGAGCAGCCGGACAGGCCGGUGAUGGACGAGCCCGAGCGCCGCGGGACAGGUAAGGGGGGAGGGGCUUCAACGACCCCCGGCCGCCCCUCCCCCCCCCGCCCCCCGGCCCUCCCCCCCCCUCCAGGGCCCCCUCCCCCCCCCGGGCCCCCUCCCCCACCCUCGGGGGUGCCCCCGGCCCCGCCCCUGCCGGGGGGGGGAGGGGGCGGCUCGGAGGGAGGGGGAGGGGCCGGGGGGGGGCCCGGGGGGGUCCCCGGGGGGGUCUCGGGGUUCGCGGCUGCCAUCGCUGGGGCCAAGCUCAGGAAGGUGGGGAAGGGUGAGGAGGGACGAGCCCGGAGGCGGGGCCGGGGGUGGGGGCGGGGCCGCCCCCCCCAGCCGCCCCUCCCCCUCCCCCCAAAUCGGAGCUGCCCCCCCCGCGCCGGGGGGGGGCUGAUGGAGGAGAUGAGCGCCAUGCUGGCCCGCAGGAGAAAAGCCACGGAGGCGCCAAAAAAGGAGGAUGACGUCACCACCGAGGAGGCGGAGCCCGGCGAGAGGAGGGCGGGGCCGGCGCCGGGUGAGCGCGCGGACUCCAACCCCCAGCAUGCACCGCGGUGGGCACGCGCGGCCGGGCACGAGCCGGUCCGGAGGCCCUGGGAAAAAUCCAGCUCCACCUUGCCCAGGAUGAAAUCGGCCGUUCCAGCCCCCCCCGAGUCGCACAGUGAGCUGGACCUGGAGCGGUUCAAGCAGGAGCUGCUGGAGGAGGUUCGGCGGGAGCUGCACAAGAUGAAGGAGGAGAUCAUCGAAGCGCUGGUGACGGAGCUGAGGAAGCAAAACCGGCCCUGACCCCUCCCCCCACCCGAAUUGGGGGAGUGGGGGAGGGGCGGGCUUGGACCCCACCCCCUCCAGCCCCUCCCCCACCACCAGCCCCUCCCCCACCAC